AUGUCGGGGUGGGUGAAGGUAUUGCGACUUCUGGGGAAGGUCACUGUUGGACGGCCAAACGGAAGUAGCAUGAGCCCGAAAAUUUGGGAGCAUCUUAGUGCCAAGGCCCCGCCUUUGCAGGAGACCUGAAGGGAGCCUGGGGAUGCGUGCGCAGCUCCGUCACCAUUUCUGGACGUCUUGGUUCUGUGUGGGACAUCUGUCCUGGAAUCCUAUCUCCAGAUUUGGAGACCAAGAAAGGAAGACAAUUGCAAGAUAUUUCUUAAGCAAGAGAUUUGCCCGGUCAAUAAUGGAAAAACUCAGCGGGGACAUUACACAAGGUCCCAUUUUUGGAGAAGAGUGUGAAAGUGAGGGCAAAUUAGGGAGACAGGAGCAAAACCCUGUAAGCAAGAUUCAGAAGAAAUCCUUUUCCAAGAAGAAAGGUUUCAGGCAAUUAACAGUAACAAAAACCAUAAUGCCCACUGAAGAAAGAGAUGAUAAAUGUAAUGAAAUUAGGAGAAACUUCACACUGAAGUCAAAACUUAUUACUCAUCAAAGAGUUCAUAUAGGAGAGAAAUCUAGUAGUUUUGACACAUGUGGAACAACCUUCAAACAGCAUUCAGAAUUAGUUAAAUGUCAAAAAAUUUGUUCGGGGAAAAAAACUUACAAGUGUAAUGACUGUGAGAAAAUCUUUAGUGACCGCUCAAAUUUUAUUCGUCAUCAGAGAAUUCACACUGGAGAGAAACCGUAUAAAUGCAAGGAAUGUGGAAAAGCCUUUAGCCAGAGCUCAUCCCUUAUUGAACAUCAAAGAACUCAUACUGGAGAGAAACCCUAUAAAUGUAAUGAAUGUGGGAAAUCAUUUACUGUGAGCUCAUCCCUUACUCAGCAUCAAAGAAUUCAUACUGGAGAGAAACCAUAUAAAUGUAAUGAAUGUGGGAAAGCUUUCAGUGAUUGCUCAUCCUUUACUCAACAUCAGAGAAUUCAUACUGGAGAGAAACCUUAUAAGUGUAAUGAAUGUGGGAAAGCCUUUAGUGAUUUCUCAUCCCUCACUCAACAUCAGAGAAUUCAUACUGGAGAGAAACCCUAUAAGUGUAAUGAUUGUGGUAAAGCUUUUAGCCGUAGUACACAUCUAACUCAACAUCAAAGAACUCAUACUGGAGAAAAACCUUAUGAAUGCAAUGAAUGUGGAAAAGCCUUCACUGCACACUCAACCUUUACUCAACAUCAGAGAAUACAUACUGGAGAGAAACCUUAUGAAUGCAGUGAAUGUGGAAAGGCUUUUCCUGAAAGUUCAUCACUUACAAAACAUCAGCGAGUUCAUACUGGAGAGAAGCCCUAUGAAUGCAGUGAAUGUGGGAAAGCCUUUAGUCAGAGCACACACCUUAUUCAGCAUCAUAGGAUUCAUACUGGAGAGAAGCCCUAUAAAUGUAACGAAUGUGGAAAAGCCUUUGGUAAUAGCUCAAAUCUGGUUCUCCAUCAAAGAAUUUAUUCUAGAAAAAAGCACUUUGAAUGUAGAGAAUGUGGGGAAAUAUUCAUUAAUACUGCAUCUCUCUUUGAGCAUCAAAAAAUUCAUAAUGAAGAGAGACCAUAUAAAUGUAAUGAGUGUGGGAAAGGUUUUAAUUGGAGGACACACCUUGUACAACAUGAAAGAAUUUACACAGGAAAAAAACCAUAUGAAUGCAAUGAAUGGGGGAAAGCCUUCAACAGAAAUACAUACCUUACUCAGCAUCAGAGAAUUCACACAGGAAAGAAACCAUAUGAAUGCAGUGAAUGUAGGAAAGCCUUCAGCCAAAGUGCACAUCUUAUGCAACAUCAAAGAAUUCAUUCUGGAGAGAAACCUUAUGACUGCAGUAAAUGUGGAAGAACCUUCACUGAGAGAUCAGCCCUUACUCAACAUCAGAGGAUACAUACUGGAGAGAAGCCCUAUGAAUGCAAUAAACCAUUCCAAUGUAAUGAAUGUGGGAGAACUUUUAGCAGCAGACCAAACCUAAGUCAACAUCAGAGAAUUCAUACUGGAAAGAAACCUUAUCCUUGUAAUGAGUGUGAGAAAGCCUUUAGCAAGAGGCUAAGCCUUAAUCGACACCAGAGAAUUCAUAUAGGUGAAAAACCCUAUGGGUGUGAUGCAUGUGAGAAAGCCUUCAGUCAGAGCUCACACCUUCUUAAUCAUCAGAAAAUUCAUACUGGAGAGAAACCCUAUGAAUGUGAGGAGUGUGGGAAAGCCUUCAAUUAUAGCUCACACCUUAUUCUACAUCGGAGAAUCCACACUGGAGAGAAGCCUUAUGAGUGUGUUGAGUGUGGGAAAUCCUUUAGUCAAAGUUCAAGCCUUAUUCAGCAUCAGAGAAUCCACACUGGGGAGAAACCUUAUCCAUGUAAUCAGUGUAGUAAAAGUUUCAGUCGAAGCUCAAACCGUAUUUUACAUCAGAGAAUACACACAGGAGAGAAACCUUAUGAAUGUGAUAAGUGUGGGAAAGCCUUCAGACAGAAAUCUGCCCUUGUUCUACAUCAGAGAAUCCAUACCGGAGAGAAACCUUAUGAAUGUGAUGAAUGUGGUAAAAAUUUCAGUCAAAGCUCAGCCCUUAUUCUUCAUCAGAGAAUCCACAGUGGAGAGAAACCCUAUGAAUGUGAUGAGUGUGCAAAAGCUUUCAGCAGAAGCUCAAUUCUUAUUCAACAUCGGAGAAUCCACACUGGGGAGAAACCGUAUAUAUGUCAUGAAUGUGGGAAAGCAUUCAGUCAAAGUUCCAAUCUUUUUAGACAUAAGAGAAGGCACAAUAAAGAAAAAAUCCUAACACAUAAAUGUGAUGAAUGUGGCAAACUCUUCAGCCAGAGCUCAGCCCUUAUUCUACACCAGAGAAUCCACAGUGGGGAGAAACCCUAUGAAUGUGAUGAGUGUGGGAAAGCCUUCAGCCGGAGUUCAAUCCUUAUUCAACAUCAGAGAAUCCACACUGGAGAAAAACCAUAUAAAUGUCAUGAAUGUGGGAAAGCUUUCAGUCAGAAUUCUGGGCUCAUUAAUCAUCAGAGAAUCCAUACUGGGGAAAAACCCUAUGAAUGUAGUGAGUGUGGAAAAGCUUAUAGUCAAAGCUCAAAUCUUUUUAGGCAUCAGCGAAGACACAGUGAAGAAAAAUCCUAUCAAUGUCAUGAAUGUGUUCUUUGAGAGCUUGGGCCUUUUUCAUCAGAAAAGAAGGUGUAAUGGGGGGAGGGGGAAAUCAGUUUAGUUUUAGUAGACUAAAUAGUUCCUUCAUAACAUCAGAAUAGCCCCUGAAGAAAAUGAGGGAGAUCUUUAGUCACUAUUUCUACUUUAUCUAUCUUUAUGUUGUCACACCUUUCUAUAGAUUUUCAGAAUCUUAACCUUAUUUUUGAUAUUUAUUCCUAAAUUUCCUGUUUGUAAACAUGUCUCCUCUGCCUGCCCUAUUUCAAAGCUUCCAUGUUAGACAAGUAAAUUGUUUCAGUAUUGAGAAUAUGAGUCCCUUCAAAGACAGAUUUUGUGUUCUGUUAAAAAUGCAAAACGAAUACUCCAAAGACUAAAUCCCCAAAACACCAUUUCUGACUCUUAAAUCAUGUCUUCUUUUAUCAAAAUCUUGUUUGCAAAUAAGGCUCUAGAAAUUUGAUAGGUAGCUCAAAAGAAAGAGAUAGACCUUAAAAUCUAGAACAAAAGAAAAUUAGUAUGCAUUUAUUAAGUGCAUCCUAUGUGCUAGGCACUGUGCUAAGCACUGGGCAUAGAAAAAGAGGCAGAAGACUAUACCUUGCCCUCAAGGAGCUUACAGUCUAAUGAGGGAGACAACAAGCAAGCAAUUAUGUACAAACUAUAUUCAGGAUAAAUAAGAAAUAACUAAAAAAUAACAGGCACUGGUAUUGAGGCAUUGAGGAAGGCAUGGAGAAGAUGGAUUUUUGUUAUGAUUUGAAGGAAGCCCGUAGGCAGAAAUGAGAGAACAUGGGGGACAAGGCUAGUGUCACAGGAAUGGAGUAUAUAGCAGGGAGUAAGGUGUAAGAAGAAUGAAAAUGGGAGGAGCACAAGGGUGCAUUGCCCUUUGGGAUGCCAAACAUAGGAUUAUGCAUUUGAUCCUGAAGGUAAUAAGGAGCCCACUGGAAUUUAUUGAGUAGAGUGGUGACAUGGGUCAGAGUCAAACAUUGAAAAGCUGACAUGGCACUUAAAUCAGGAAAGGGAUAAACUCUUUUAUUGAAUAAGGAUUGAUUGGUGGUAAAUAAGACUUCAAGUAUUAUGGAUACAGUUAUCUAACUUAAAAUAAUUUUCCAAAGCCAUCUAAUUUGUAGACACUUUAUUGGUAAAUUACAGUACCAACAUACAUCUCAUCAGGAAAUAGUCAAUUAAAACAUAACCAAUAUAAAAUAUAGCUAUAAGAUGGGAAAUUUUAGGAUAUUAUGGGAAUAUGUUAUGGUGACAAAUAUAAACAGGAUCAUGGUAUCAUUCAGGUCAUCUUGGAGUCUAGGAAAAGGAUGGUUGGAGAAUAAGAUUUAUCAGCAUGUCUCUAGCACUGUGUAGUUGAUUAUUAAGUUCCUACAAUGUUCCUAGGCCUGUGCUAAUCACUGGGUAUGCAAAUAAUUAAUUCCUACUUUAAAGGAGCUUAUGUGAAAGGUAAGAAGUUCACUGAGCAGUAUCAGCUGCUGGCAUAAGUAUCUAGUGAAUCAAGCCAAUACAUCGCUAUGGAUGAGAACCACUGAGACUAAAAAAGUAGUGAGCACUUACUGUGUAUAAAGCACUGUGCAAGUUCCUCAAUGCUACCAUAGCUUGGUACUUACCACUAUGAAUCCUUAAACUGGUUUUCUGCUAUAAAUCAGUGUCUUAAAGUAGGGGAGUAUAGAUUUUUUUUCUUCCCGAAGGUAUAAUUAGUGUUGAGUAAGCUGAUCCCUUAGAGCUAAUAAUGCCAGCACCAGAAGUCUAGGGGUUUUGUCUUGGAAAGCUUGCCAGCAUCCCUUAUUAGCAUUCUUCAUCUCAGAGUUGAAGGUUCUCUCCAUUGCAAGUUAGAGGUGUCCUGAGACUUUUCAAAAGAUCUUGUCUUAAUACUGACUGCUCAGACACCAGGAACACUUAAAGUUAUAACUUUAUGUUUAAUUAAUCAUGUCUUCUAUCUAAAAAUAAAAUACCUUGUUUGUUCAUGUCUAAAAUAUGUCAGACUUCACACAACUAGUUUUCAGGGUUUCUAGGUUUUUUAACAUGUCUAUAGUGACUAUUAUUAAUCACUGGACUACAUACUCCAUGGCUCUGUAUCCCAGCUUCACUGUUUGGUGGAAAACAACAGUAGCAAAAUAAAACAAUGAGAAAGAGGAUGGAAAAAGACAUACUUAUAGUGACCCUUUGAUGCUGACUCUUAUGAAAUUUAAUCAGUUUACUCUCAAAAAUUACUCUAUCUAAUGCUUGGAGUGCCUUCAAAGUAAAAUGGGAUUGUUAUGGGCCAGUUAAAAAUAGUGGUAAAUAAAAGGCUAGCAGGUAGAGAGGUGGAUGCAAAAAGGAGCUUGUUAAUAGAUAUGCUGAUAGUGAUUAACUCUAAGAAAUGUGCUUUAUAGUUUUAACAGUGUACAAAUAUGUAUUGAUACUAUGUAUUUUAAGUUAUAAAAGGGUCUUUUGCUUGGGACUCAUUCCCCUUGUAGCUGCUGAGAAGAGAACAAGUGAUGUCUAAUAAAGCUAUGAACUCUCCCUGCAAUAAAUAUAUCUUUCCUUA